AUGAACCCGCCUUGGCCCCCUACGGCCGACAGUCCCAUCCUCGGCCUCGCCGACCGAGAGAACCCUGCUGUGCCACCCGGAACACCCCGAGUGGAAACGCUUGGUCGGCAAAACACCCCGGAAGAUAGGAUGGAAGCCCAGCAGCGGGAAAUGAUCAGGAUGCAGAAGCACAACAAUAUCCUCUCCUCCAAACUGGACGACACCCAGAAACAACUUCACGAGCAACAAUCACGUUCAGCCCAACUGCAGGACGGUUUGGAACAAACCACGCAGCUUUGGCUGGAACAAUCACUAAAGAGCGUACGAAGGCCUAACGAUCGGCAGGUAGGAAAGCGGCUGGCUCGAGGCGAACCGUCCGCCUCCCGAAGGCUGUUCGUGCCAACUCCUGCAGAACACCGCUGGGAAUACCAAAUCUACUCCGACUGCCGCGACAGAAUCAAUGACCGAAGACAGGAACGGCAGAGAUCACCGAUUCCUGUCCAAGCAAAACUCAACGAUCGGCAUCUGGACGUAUUGGGACCAAAAUCUCCCCUUCGACGAAGGUACGACGUGAUCGGCCUAGAGGAGACAGACGAAUCCGACUACAUUCCAACUUCCCUCAGCACGACACUCUCACGCCAGUCGACGACAUCCGGAUCAGCCAGGAGGAACGAUCGGCGACAAGAGCGUCCGACGGCAGGCCACGAGGCACAAGGACGUGAAGGUCGCCUCCCAACCGGCCCCCAAACGACAGAACCCUUAGGGACUGAUCUCCCUCCUACCGAUCCUAUAAUCCGCCUCCUCCUUCAAAAAGUCAAUCGGAUCGAGGAAGAGCAGAAUCAGAUCCGGACACCAACUUGGGGGAAGGCACAAUCGGGACCCUUCACCAGUUGA